AUCCUGUUAUCUAGAAGCGGCGACUUAUUUACUCGUCCUGAUGACAACCGGACACUUUUGGGUUGUUAUUCUGAAUGAAAAUAGAGGAAAAUGUUGACAUGUGUAGAAAGCUAACGAUAAUAUCCGUGUCGGAUGUAUUUUUUUAGAGUUUAAAUUGAGAAAUCACAAAAAAAAAAUGGUGCUGUCAUUGUGGCUUGACUCUGCUUUUGUUUACAGUAUUGGCAUUUGACUGACUGAAGAAUGACCAGACUUCCCAACCCUGCACAAGAUGAAGAGCGCCUUAGGGACUCGAAGGCACGUUUCCAAAGCUACCUCCACGGUGGAACCUCAAGCCUGCUCUCCACUCUUAUUGUCUUCCCUGUCUACAAGACUGUUUUUCGCCAACAAAUCCACAACAUUCAGGUUCACCGAGCUGUCGAUCAACUCCGCAAGGAAGGCCUUCUGAAGCUAUACAGAGGUGUGACGCCGCCAUUAUUGAUGAGGACACUUAGUGGGACGCUUCUCUUUGGUUUGCAGGAUACAUUCCUUCGCUUGCUGUCUUUGCCGUCCUUCAGCGUCAUACCCCACUCAUUUCUUCCGUCUGUGGCGGGCCUCGGUGUAGGAAUAGUCGAAGCGAUAGUCUUUACUCCAUUUGAGCGUGUUCAGAAUGUAUUGCAGAGUGGCCACAAUGACCGCCAUUUACCGACUCUAAAGAGUGUUCUCAUGAAACUGAAGGCACAAAGGAUCUCGUCCGGGUUCUACCGCGCCUUCUUACCUAUUGCAACCCGAAACGCUCUCGGUAGCGCUCUUUACUUUGGCUUAAAGGGACCCCUGAGUGCCGCUGUAGCCGGGCAGGGGCUCUCACCGUUAGCGUCCUCCUUCAUAUCAGGGACCUUGACCUCCAUGGCAAUUAGCUUGACCUUGUACCCGCUAUCUGUACUGGUCGCGAACAUGCAAGUCGGGGUGCAAGCAGAGCCGAAAGGGGUCACGGCCUGUUGGAGGAUGCUGUGGAACUCCCGACAAAGGAGUGUGGUUUUACUGUACCGUGGGGGUGCACUGGUUAUUCUGAGAUCAUGUAUCACUUGGGGAAUCACCACAGCCAUUUAUGACAGGCAACAAAAGUCCUCCAGUUGAUACAUCGAGAUGUUAGAAAUGCAAGAUUGUGCCGCAAUGUAAGCAGAAUGAAAGAAUGGGUGAAUCAAACUUUUGAUCGAGCAUUAAUUCUGUAAAAAAAAAAAUAGGUCAAACAACAAUCAUCAUGAAUCAUAACACAAUUCAUGACACUGUGUUUUGCUUUUUAUGAUAACCCAGAGAUCAAUAAAUGGAACUUGUUGUACACUCUAAAAGUAAUUCAGAGUAUC